GUCCGCUAGCUGCUGCUAUCGAGGCGGCCGCGGCGGUGCAGGAGCUCCAUGCCGAGCUGGAUGACAUGUGUGAUGUCACAGCUUCUGUGGCGGCGGCCCUUCGAAGCAGCAUCGAAGAGAAUGCCCAAACACGAGAAGCCGUGGCAAUGCUCAAUGACCAUGUUAGGAUGGCGGAAGAAGCGCUGAAGAGUUCGCCAGCUUUGGAGAAGGAUGAGCAUCUGCAGCGAUGCUUGCUCAAAGUGCAGCACUUGAAGCACUCGACUACCUUCUACGAGGUUUCGGGUGUUUUCGGUCGGCUGUGGCGCGAUAGCCUCGACCGACAGACUCGCAAAAACAAGCAAAGCUCGCGCCGGAAGGAGGUGGAAACAACGAUGUCUGCUCCGUAUGUUCUCUCACCU